CGAAACAGAAGGAAGUCGCCGGUGUUUGUCUCUCACAAAAUAAGUUGCGUUUGUCGGCUUGUGAACACGGCAGGCGGAAGACUAUCGAUUCAUUUCUUUUCUUCCGAGGUUCUGCUUAAGCGUUAACAUUCGCACUUAAAGGUUGUGAAAGAAAAAGAUCUUUUGACAAUGCUAGAGUACAGUGAUGUUAGCCUGACCCCUGAGGACCGGGUACGAGCUCUUACUAAAAUGGGGAGUUCUGUGGAUGUAAAUGAAGAUGUGCCACCACGACGAUACUUCCGUUCAGGUGUUGAAAUGAUUCGCAUGGCCCGUGUCUAUGCCGAGGAGGGUAACACAGAGAAUGCCUUUAUUUUGUACAACAAGUAUAUCACGCUUUUUAUUGAGAAGCUUCCCAAACAUCGCGAUUAUAAAAUGAAUAUUCCAGAGAAGAAGGAAACUAUGAAGAAGCUGAAAGAGAUUGCCUUUCCCCAGGCUGAAGAACUCAAGAAGGCACUGUUGAAAAGAUACAUGAAAGAGUAUGAGGAAUAUAUGGAAAGAAAGAAGGAAGAAGAGGAGGCCCUGUCUCGUGAGGCAGCAAAACAGAAGGAGUUGGAAGUAGAACGCCAACGAGUUGAAGAAAUCCGCCGCCGACAGCAGGAGCAGGAUCAGUUCAAUGCAUUUGAGGAAAUGAUACGUCGUAAAGAGCUGGAAAAAGAAAGACUCCAGAUCGUACAGGAUUUCAGCAGUCCCAGUGCUCCACCUUUAGAUGAUCUCCUAAUUCCAGGGGUCCAGGAGCCACCUCAACCCACCCUUCCUCAGAGUCCAACAACUAAACAGUCCCCUCAGACACCAUCCGAUAUAGCUGGUGUUCCACCCACAAUUGAUCGUUCUCUGAAGCCAGGGUCUGUCAUCCCAAAUGACAGUGUUCUGGUGGAUGGUCUUCGACAAAUGCUGAUCCCCCAAGACUUGUGUAUUAAAUUUUUGAAGUUGGCUGAAGCUAACACAGAGCGUGCUGUGGAGACUUGUGGCAUCCUGUGUGGUAAACUGACACGAAAUCAGUUUACACUGACUCAUGUCCUUAUUCCAAAACAAUGUGGUGGACCUGACUACUGUGAUACAGAGAAUGAAGAGGAGCUCUUCCUGAUCCAGGACCAGUAUGACCUCAUCACAUUAGGAUGGAUCCAUACCCAUCCAACACAGACUGCUUUUCUGUCCAGUGUGGAUCUACAUACACACUGCUCCUAUCAAAUUAUGCUCCAAGAGUCCAUUGCAAUCGUGUGCUCCCCAAAGUUCAAUGAGACUGGUUAUUUCAGACUAACAGAUUAUGGAAUGGAAGAGGUUUCCUCGUGUAAGCAAAAAGGUUUUCAUCCACAUCCUCGGGAACCCCCGCUAUUUGGGACAUGUGGACACAUAACAAUCGGUGAAAGCAGUCUUACGGUUAUGGAUCUGCGAUGACACCUGCCGUCUCAGUGAAGAGUAUCGCCAAUCUUUGGGAGAAGCAAGAAAUGGGCGCCCUAAAUGAAGUGUAGCCUUAUCAUCAGGUUGAACCUUUUGAAGUUAAAAUGUUCAGUUGCCUUGGUUGACAAACAAGUGGUCACGUUACCAGGGACCAGUGCAACUCACCCACUGAAGAUUAUUCUGGAAACCGCUGUUGUAUGUAAUGAAUAUGUAAUGCACUUCAAGAGGCACCCUUUAACUUUGCAGUGAUGCACUUUUAAGAAGAAUGCACUCAGAAUUCAGGUCCAUUUGAGACAAUAUUUUCUCACGCUCAGGGCUUUAGAUUUGGCUUCCAUUUGGAAUGCUGCCCUUACCACGGCAUCACCGAGUAGUUUGUCAUGUAUUUAUUAUUUAUGGUCCUCUCAGAUGGGACACAAAUCCGUUUAUAUGUGAAACUUGUAAAAGAGUGAUUGCAGAGCAAACACAAGAGGUUAAGUCAUUAUUUCUAAAUAAAUCUUUGUUAGUGAUUCUCUAAA